GAACUUCCACGUCUCGAAGUGCCGGCCGACCGGACGGACGAAUAAACGGACGGACGGGCAGACAGACGGUCGUCCAAUACGCAAGGAGACUAUGAGCCUGUGAAGACUAGAAGCAGGGGUUUAGAGUGGAGGAAUGGAGGAAGGGAAGACAACGUAUUGAUCGAUUGAAUACGAAGAUUGAUCAGAAACUCCUGAGUCCUGCCUGACUCCUCACUGUCACGUCUCGCGUCUUGCAUCUGCCUCUUCUUUUCAACUCUUGUACUCAGUCAAGCUUCGAAAGUCCCGAAGGUUCCGGCCGCGGGCUCGGGGCAAGGGAGAAGCGCAUCCGUGUGACUAUAUGAUUUGUUGUCAGAGGACUACAAGUCGUCGGCGUUGUGGGAUCUCAGUAAGGAAGCAAGCUCCAGGAUAGAGGGCUCUCAAAUUGGUCGACUGAACAGCUUCCUUAGCUGUGGCCAUCGUUGAUUUAAAUAGUGGAUCCUCGAGAAGGUGUUGUCGUCUUACUCUACGGUGGACGACUUGGGCCAGAUAGGGGAGUUUCAAGAUGGGGUUGAAGUCUACUGCUUUAAAAAGCUUAAAUGCCUUCCCAAGGGCAGAGGAGCACUUGACUCAGAAAACCACUUCCGGAGCAGCUGUGACAAUAUGUGGAUUGGUCCUGAUGUUAACUCUUUUCAUACACGAGCUUAGCUUUCAGCUCAGUACAGUAAUAGUACAUGAGAUGUCUGUCGACGUGAAGCGGGGACAAAAGCUUCCUAUCGUCAUCAACAUGACCUUUCCUGCCCUUCCUUGCGCAGUCCUCAGUCUUGAUGCCAUCGAUAUGUCAGGCAAGCAUGAGGUCGACCUUGACACAAAUAUUUGGAAAAUCCGGGUAAAUAAGGACGGCUAUAUUUUGGGAUCUGAAUACGUUUCAGAUCUUGUGGAAGGAGAGCACACCACCGAUGUGGCCAAAGAGGAAGCCGCGGCGAAGAAGGCUAUGGAGGAUGCUGGACAUAUACAUCACGAAUCACAUGGGGAAGAUGCCCAUGGUCAUUUCCAUGAGCAUAAGAUGAUGGGGGAUCCACAAAAAGUAGUCAAACAGAUAAAAAAGGCUCUCGAAGAGCGAGAAGGUUGCCGGAUUUUCGGUGUGCUUGAUGUUGAAAGAGUGGCUGGAAACUUUCACAUAUCUAUGCAUGGUCUGAGCAUCUUCGUUGCACAACAGGUUUAUGCGAGUGCAUCCGAUGUAAAUGUGAGUCACGUCAUACACGAUCUAUCAUUUGGCCCAAAAUAUCCAGGCCUUCACAACCCACUUGAUGGCACAGAACGCAUUCUGAGGGAUGAAAGUGGAACGUUUAAGUAUUUCCUCAAGAUUGUUCCAACAGAGUACAGCUAUUUGAAUGGAAUAGUCAUGCCCACAAAUCAGUUUUCGGUGACCGAGUACUUCAUGUCAGCUAAGGUUUACGAGCGCAAUUGGCCAGCUGUAUACUUUGUAUACGACCUAUCGCCCAUAGCUGUAAAUGUCAGGGAAGAACGCCGCCAUAUUGGCCAUUUUUUUACUCGAAUUUGUGCUGUUUUGGGAGGAACAUUUGCAGUUACAGGAAUGCUGGAUCGAUGGGUCUACCGACUUGUAGAAUUCGUGUCAAAUUCUAACAAGGGCAAAAGUGUGAUGAGAUAACUUCCACUAUAGAUCCCUGGCCAUUUUGAUCAUACGUUCUCACCCUUAACGAAGGGUCACGAGCAGGGUCGAGCUUAUUGAUGACAGUGAAGGACAUUUACCGUAUCGGAGAUUUAAUCUCCUCGGUGUCAAGCAUGGUGUUCGCAAAAUGCCAUCCACCCUCUGCGGUAAUUGGUGAACGUUUGUCAAAGAUCACACGGAUGGAAGGUGCUCGGCAGUUUUUUGAUACAAAGUACACACGAUGAGUGAUUUACUUCUUCCAACACAAGCAACGCGUCCACUAUGCAGGAGACCCAUUACUUUGCUACUGAUGUGAUAUAUUCUGAACGUCUACAAACCUCCCGUCUUGUCUUGUCUUUGUCUUUUCGCAUCUUUGUUAGCAUUGUCGCAUUGGGCUUGUUAUUUUUCGCUUCUGACAUUUAUUAUCGCAUCAAAUGCACGAACCGACUAUACCUACUGGAUCAACUUCAUACAUGCAAGGGCACGCG